GUGGCAAUAGAAGUCGCUACUAGUAGUACACUACAGGUGGCAGCGACGCCAGUGUUCGUCAUUUGCCCACAUUCCAGACAAGAGUCAACAGGUUUGUUGUCACCAGGGGCCAGCCAUGAUGUUUCCGUGCAGCGCUUUGCCGCAUCCGCUCUACCCGGACCUGCUGCGUCCUCCGGCCGCUCCGGCCACCCCUCUCCCCCGGUCCCCCCCCUCGGGCUACCGUGUGGAGGAUCUCCUCCGAAUCGGCCAACCGGCGUGUAGCUACAUACAGCAGAGCCCCGGGGACGUCCUCUCGCUGAGCCCGCAGCAGGGCAGCUCACCGCGGGCAUCGGGACUCGGCACAGCGCGCUCUGUCUUUCAUUGCUCCGGGCAGCCGGGCCACGGCGGCGGCGGCUCCCCACAGUCCGCAUGCCCGGCCUCGAAUUGGCUCAAGUUCGGCGUCAGUGCCAUACUGGCACCGUCCACCAGGAGUGGUUGCUCUUCUCCUCCAGUCCACAGUUUGCAGACUAAAUUGUUUCCUCUACCAUUCUUAGAUGCAAGUCUCCAUCCUUUCAUCAGAGCGUCCUAUUUCACAGCUUCCUCCUCCUCUGUGGUCCCUGUCCCAGGAACCUUUUCAUGGCCCCUGGCCCCCAGAGGAAAGCCUAGACGGGGCAUGCUGCGACGAGCUGUGUUCUCAGACCUCCAGAGAAAGGCCCUGGAGAGAACUUUCCAGAAGCAGAAGUACAUCAGCAAGCCAGACAGGAAGAAGUUGGCCAGUAAACUGGGACUCAAAGACUCACAGGUGAAGAUCUGGUUUCAGAACCGCAGGAUGAAAUGGAGAAACUCAAAAGAAAGGGAGCUUCUGUCGACAGGCGGAUGCCGUCAGCAGACCCUACCCACCAAAACCAACCCCCACCCGGACCUCACGGACGUGGGCAGCACCUACUGCCACAGCGGGCUGGAGAGGACUUCAACCACCAGUCAAGGACAGUUGGAGAGCCAGGAGUCACAUCUGCCCCAUUAUCAUCAUCACCACCAUCAUCAUGGCUCCUCUACGUCAGAGUCCAGUAAACAAUCAGAGUCAGAAAGUGAGGAAAUCACUGUUUCAUAAUCACGAUUGAAAAGAAUCAUUCCUUGCACUACAGUUGACUUACAAUGUCAGUUAGGAGGGAUGAUGAUUAAAGGUGAUAACAAGUGUUUCUGUUCGCUUUGUGUAUGGCUGUAUUCUAUCAGCAUCUAAUUCCUAUUUCUGUACAGUAUUUUGAAUUUGAAUUUUUAUAUUUAGUACAAUAUAUUGUGUACACAUUGUAAAAUACAUACCGAGCAAUUUUAGAUUGACUAUUUGUAGAAUACUGUUUUGUUUUGUUUUUUAACACAGAAGUAUAUAGUACAAUUCUUUUAGCAGACUAUAUAUUUGUAAUCUUUAUUUUCGCAAAUAAAUCUGGAAAAAGUCUAAUAAAUGUUAUAAAUUACUAAACCAAGUUUU